ACCGUGGUGUCAACUCUGACAGUCACGAACGUUGCAUAAAGUUCCACAGUCCCGAUAGAAUUUCCAAUUGAAUUUCUUUUAAAGCCGGUUUGGAUCCGUAAUAAUUCAAUCCGGUUGAUGUAUUAGGAUGUUAACUAAGUCCGUGCUAAUUGCCGCUUUGGGUAAGCGCGCAUCGAAUUUGCUGAUGCAACGAACGUUCAGCAACACGCAAACCUUGAGGCAAUCUAUUAAAAAUCAUCAGCCAAAUGGAUUGGAGAAACGUUUGUUAGUGUGGAAUGGCAAAUACAAAUCAGUAGAUGAAGUUCCUGCCUUUGUAGGCCAGGAGGAAAUGGAACGCUGCCGGAAUAAAAUGCGUAUUAGAUUGGCAAAUAUUAUGAUUGGUUUGACCGUGAUCGGCUGUGGCAUUAUGAUAUACAGUGGAAAGCAAGCAGCUAAGCGCGGCGAAUCUGUGACAAAGCAGAAUCUGGAAUGGCACAAGCAAUUUAAUGAACAAGCCAGCGGCGCCWCUGAAGCUAAAUAAUCA